GACAGGUUAGCAUAGUUGAGGAGAGAGAGAGAAUGGGGUCAGAGGUUUGGGCUGCAGAAACCCACCACAGUUUCCUCUAACUGUUACCAAGAAAGAGGGAAGGAACCAGCCUUCUAUUGAGCAAUGGCCUGUGGGUCAGUUAACUUUCUUUGUAAUAGCAGGUCAUCCACCAGCUGGGGCCAUCUAUGAUCCAUCUUGAACUGGGCCACUGGAAGGCUGGUUUGUUGGGAUCAAAUCAAGAGCUUCUAAGAAACCUGCUGAGAACAGUCACACCACCUGAUGAUCCAGAAAGUUUUCUGAAUCUGGUGGCAAGCUCCUGUAGAAGAAUCCUGAACUAGACUGCAUCAUCUGCCAUCAAAGGUGCUAUUCAGCUGGGAAUAGGAUACACAGUGGGUAAUCUCACCUCCAAGCCAGACCGAGAUGUUCUCAUGCAGGAUUUUUAUGUGGUGGAAAGUGUGUUCCUGCCCAGUGAAGGGAGCAAUCUGACCCCAGCACAUCACUACCCAGACUUCAGAUUUAAGACAUAUGCUCCACUAGCAUUCCGAUAUUUCAGAGAACUUUUUGGUAUCAAGCCUGAUGAUUACUUGUAUUCCAUAUGCAGUGAACCUCUAAUAGAGCUGUCUAACCCUGGAGCCAGUGGAUCCUUGUUUUUUGUGACCAGUGAUGAUGAAUUUAUCAUCAAAACAGUUCAGCAUAAAGAAGCAGAGUUCCUUCAGAAGCUACUGCCAGGCUAUUACAUGAAUUUGAACCAGAAUCCAAGAACUCUUUUGCCAAAAUUUUAUGGACUGUAUUGCAUGCAGUCAGGGGGCAUUAACAUCAGGAUUGUGGUGAUGAACAACGUUUUACCACGCUCCAUGAGAAUGCACUUCACGUAUGACUUGAAAGGCUCAACCUAUAAGCGAAGAGCAUCCAGAAAAGAGAGAGAGAAAUCUAGCCCCACGUUUAAGGACUUAGAUUUCCUGCAGGACAUGCAUGAAGGAUUGUAUUUUGAUACAGAAACAUACAAUGCACUCAUGAAGACACUUCAGAGAGACUGCCGGGUGCUGGAAAGCUUCAAGAUCAUGGACUAUAGCCUUCUGCUGGGAAUCCACAUCUUGGACCAUACCCUCAAAGAAAAAGAAGAGGAAAUUUCUCAAAAUGUGCCUGAUGCUAAGCGGCCUGGGACGCAAAAGGUUCUCUACUCAACAGCAAUGGAAUCCAUCCAGGGUCCAGGGAAAUCGGGAGACGGAAUCAUCACAGAGAACCCAGACACAAUGGGAGGCAUUCCAGCUAAAAGCCAUAAGGGAGAAAAACUGCUUUUGUUUAUGGGCAUUAUUGACAUUCUGCAAUCAUAUCGGUUAAUGAAGAAGUUGGAACAUUCCUGGAAAGCUCUUGUUUAUGAUGGGGACACUGUUUCGGUUCAUAGACCCAGCUUUUAUGCAGACAGAUUUCUAAAGUUUAUGAAUUCCAGAGUUUUCAAGAAAAUUCAAGCUUUGAAGGCAUCACCUUCUAAGAAACGGUGCAACUCCAUCGCCGCCCUGAAGGCAACCUCACAGGAGAUUGUGUCCUCAAUUAGCCAGGAAUGGAAGGAUGAGAAGCAUGAUUUGCUUACUGAAGGGCAGAGUUUUAGCAGCCUUGAUGAAGAAGCACUGGGAUCCCGACAUAGGCCAGAUCUCGUGCCUAGUACUCCAUCGCUGUUUGAAGCUGCUUCCUUGGCGACCACAAUUUCAUCUUCUUCCUUGUAUGUCAAUGAACAUUAUCCACAUGACAGGACUACGCUUUAUUCAAACAGUAAAGGGUUACCUUCCAGUUCCACCUUUACCUUGGAAGAGGGGACCAUCUACUUGACUUCUGAGCCAAAUGCUCUGGAAAUGCAAGAUGAUAAUGCCUCCGUGCUUGAUGUCUAUUUAGAAAAAAAGGGAGGGAUGGAAAUGAGCCUAGAAGUGAGACCUCAGAAGAGGAACGUCUCACCCCUGACACCCUCGGCACAGCACUCUAAAAAGUCACCCUCCAAAACUUAGCCCAUCAUGCAGUGAUCUACUUCAGGGGGCACCCCUGGGGUAAUCUGGCUGCCCCACAGUGGGGUCCACCCUCAGAACGGGCUUUGUUUUUAGCAAACAGACUGUGUUUUGCUGUGUUCUUCUGUGUGCAGUGUACAGUUUCAGUCAAAAGAGUACCUGAGUUUAAGUGGAAACAAACAUGUAAACUCUCACACACACACAAACCAACAUAUUUGGAUAAACAGUGCUAAGGAUUUAGGCCACAGAAACACCUAAAUACUCCUUUCAUACCAACCAUUAUCACACCUUUUCCUUCAGGUCUCAGAAUUUAAAACAUAUCGUGGUUUCUCAGAGCAUCACAUGCUUAGGGAAUUAACCCUGGCAUCUGUGUGGACAGAUGAUUACAUACAUGUGCAUACAAGAGCUGUUCAGUUGAUGACAAGAGCUCAAAUGUCAUUCUGUCUGUCCAUGCUUCCCUGAGAUAUGGCUGGGUUCUCCCACCAAAGCACCAGUUCCUGUUUCUACUUCCAAGGCCAUUGGGUGAGGAGAGGGUUGAGUUUCAGUACUUCAGAAGAAGUUGCUAGUGUUUGGGGGGUAAUACCUGAAGAGCCCAUCUCUGUGUUGGAGAGCUGGAGGGGAUCCUACACAUACCAUAUUUUGAAGAAUAAACUCAAGCUAUGAGUUUCUUCCCAGUGUAGAUAGACAGCUGAUACUUUGGCUCUUCACUGAUGGCUAAUAAAGGAUUUGUGGAUUAUAAUUUGGAGAAAGGAAAGGAAAAUUGUUGCAUACUUUAUACUAAAUAUGAGAUAAUAAAAUCACCUUCUUCUCACUAUGGCCAAGUUUAUAAUCAUGGAGAUAGUGCUAAAGACCUAUCAGGCCACCUUGUUUUAUUCAGGUUAUAAAUGGAUACUUUCAGGUAACCAAACAUGUCAUUCCAGGAUUACAUUACAUGGGUAUAGAAUUGGCAGUUCUCACCAACUUUGACAUCCUUGUACCCUGGGGGUGAGAGUGGGUGUUUAAUGAAAUUUACGGAAACUGCAACAAGACCCUCCAGUUUAAUUUAAAAAAAAAAAAAAAAUCCAAUGGAAUGAGAGACAAGAUGGCAGAGUAGAAGGACUUGCUCACCUUCUCUCAUGAAAACACCAAAAUCACAACUAACUGCUGGACAAGAACCAUUGACAAAAAAGACUUGAAUCUACCAAGAAAGAUAUUCUACACCAAGAGAUAAAGAAGAAGCCACUAUGAGAUAGUAUGAGGGGCACAUUAGCAACAAAAUCAAAUCGCAGUGGGUGACCCACAGACUGGAAAAUAAAUAUCGUAGAGGUUCCCCCACAGGAGUGAGAGUUCUAAGCCCCACGUCAGGCUCCCUGCCUGGGGUUCUGGCAGCAGGAGAAGGAGCCCCCAGGGCAUUUGUCUCUGAAGGCGGGUGGGGCUUGAGUGCAGGAUCUCCAGAGGUCUGGGGGAAACAGAGACUCCACUCUUGAAGGGUGCACACAGGUUUCACAUGAACUGGGACCCCGGGCAAAGCAGUGAGUCCAUAAGAGCCUAGGCCAGACCUACUUGUGGGUCUUGGAGGGUCUCCUCAGGGCCUGGGGGUCAGCUGUGGCUCACUGUGGCGGCAAAGACACUGGUGGAGGCCCCAGGGAAUACCCAUUAGUGUAAGCUCUUGGGCAGCAAAAGCAGUUCUAAGAGGAAGUUUAUAGCCACACAAUCUUACCUCAGGAAAC